UCUCAGUUAAAAUAUCUAUUUGGUGUUAAGACGAGGAGAUACAGUGGACCUCUGGCAGUCAUAUACAGCUUAGUCAGUGUGUUGUCUAAUAUCACAAUGACCAAUGUUACCGCACUGAUCAUUGGCCUGAUAUGUGUGGUAUUACUGCUGGGUGCCAAGGAAAUUAAUGAUCGAUUUAAAAAGAAGUUGCCUGUUCCAAUUCCGAUGGAGAUCAUUGUUGUAAUAAUCUCAACUGGAAUUUCAGCUGGAUUAAAGUUUAAAGAGUCAUAUGAUGUAGACGUGGUUGGAAAUAUUCCUAUAGGGUUCCGGUCUCCAGCCUUUCCUGACCUCAGUCUGUUCUCCGCUGUUUUUGUGGAUGCAUUGGCAAUUGCAAUUGUUGGAUUUUCCAUGACUAUAUCAAUGGCCAAAAUAUUUGCCCUUAAACAUGGAUAUGCAGUCAGUGGCAAUCAGGAACUUAUUGCAUUGGGAAUGUGCAAUUUUAUUGGUUCUUUCUUUCAUACGUUUGCUGUGACAUGCUCAAUGUCUCGUAGCCUCGUUCAAGAAAGCACUGGAGGAAAUACACAGAUUGCAGGUUUGCUGUCCUCCUUUAUGGUACUGUUGGUCAUACUGGUUAUUGGA